AUGUCCUAUAGGCUAAGAAUCCACUGCAUGAUUAUGAACUACACUGACGAGGAGAGACAUGGCUUUCACGCCAAAGGUUCCCACCAUGAGAACGUCCUGCUUGCUAGCUUUUACAUACUGGUAUUCGUGGUUGCUGUGCCUGGCAACACCUUGGCAUUGUGAGUGUUCUGUCGUCAGGCUGUCACCUCGCCCUCCAAACUCUUCCUGAGGCACCUGGCCAUAGCAGACGUCUCCUAUGUGCUGAUCCUGCCCAUGCGGAUGGUCUACCACUUCUCUGACAGCCACUGGCCCUUUGGAGAGGUCCCCUGUCGCCUGGUGGGAUUUCUAUUCUACCUCAACAUGUACUGCAGUCUCUACUUCAUGACCUGCAUCAGCCUGGACCGCCUCUUGGCCCUGGUCCUACCGCUUAAGUCAAAGUCAAUGAGGAAGAUCACACACGCCAGAGCAGUCGUGGUCAUCCUGUGGGUCACAGUGACUGUGUCUAUGACUCCCUUGCUAUUCUCCAAAGACCAAACGAUGACCAUUCAGGUCGACAACACGACUGUGGUCAUGUGUAACCAGCUGUACUUGGAAAAUACUUCUCCCAAAGCAUUGGUGUCAACCGUGGUGGCGUUUACUAUUCCUCUGGUCACCAUGGUGAUUUCCUAUAUACUAAUCUAUUGA